AUGCAGCAGGUCAACUGUUCCAUUAGUUCCCAGCUCACUGAUGCCUUUCCUGUAUGUAUAGCCAGCAGCGCUGUUAUGGGAUUGUCCUUUGUGCUGGGGGUUCCUGGUAAUCUGUCAGUGCUGAGGACUCUCGUCCAACGCUUGAAGGAGAACAACUUCACUAUUAGACUGAUGCUGAGCCUGGCAAUAUCGGAUCUGCUGAAUCUCCUUCCCCUGCCGAUGUGGAUCUGGGCUCUUCUGCAUGACUGGAUCUUCGGCUCUGUUUCAUGCAAGAUCAUCUCCUACAUUGAAUACUGGUGUGUCUACUGUAGUGCACUGUGUGUGACUUUGAUGAGUGUUCAGAGAUACAUGCAGGUGCUCCAUCCUCAGAAAUGGGCUAAACUUGGAACCAGAGGAGAGAACGGCCUUUUGUGUGGAAUAUGGAUCCUGAGUGGAGUGUUGGCUUCAUAUGCUCCUGUUCAGCGUGACGUAGGAUGUGAUCAGUAUGGAUUCCAGUACUGCUACCAACACUUUAAGAAUAAGACAGAGCAAGUAGCUACUUUAGCCUUUGAAGUACUGCUUUUUGUGGCCACUUUCUUCUUGCUGGUUUUGUUCUACUUCUCUCUUUACAAAGGUGUUAAUGAGUCACCUUUCUUUAGCAGCAACAGAACGACGAAACUGGUGACGAGAAUCGUCGUGGCGUUCCUCACCUUCUUUAUUCUGAUUCCCAUCGCCAACGUCUUAUUUAUCAUUGCAGUGUUACUCAAUAAUCAACAUAUGUCCAAAACUGCAGACCUUUCAGGCGUAAUGGCUCGAGCUUUGGCAUUUCUGAACAGCUGUGUGAACCCUUUUCUCUACACAUUCUCUCUAAGAGGGCAGCAACGUAGCAAUCCUGUGAUGGAGAGCUCUUAG